AUGUCAGCACCUACCAUGGCCCUCAGCAAUGUUCAUGCCUCUAGUAUGAAAAACCAAAAGUCAUCAGUUGAUCCUGAAGGUCUCUUUCUUUCUGUUCUCCUCCCACAGGUUGUUAUUUUGUACUUUGAGCCAAGCACAUUUCGCUGUAUUCUUCUAAGAUGGGUCCGUCUUCUUGGUUUUGCUACUGUCUAUGGAACUGUCACUCUCAAGCUUCACAGGGUUUUGAAGGUGUUUCUUUCACGAACAGCCCAACGAAUUCCAUAUAUGACUGGUGGACGGGUCAUGAGGAUGCUGGCAGUUAUACUCUUGGUAGUGUUUUGGUUUCUCAUUGGCUGGACUUCAUCUGUGUGCCAGAAUUUGGAGAGGCAGAUUUCACUUAUUGGCCAGGGGCAAACAUCCGAUCACCUCAUCUUCAAUAUGUGCCUCAUUGACCGCUGGGAUUACAUGACAGCAGUUGCUGAAUUUUUAUUCCUCUUGUGGGGUGUUUAUCUCUGCUAUGCAGUGCGGACAGUCCCAUCGGCAUUUCACGAGCCGCGCUACAUGGCUGUUGCAGUUCACAAUGAGCUCAUUAUCUCUGCUAUAUUCCAUACAAUUAGAUUUGUUCUUGCCUCAAGACUUCAGUCUGAUUGGAUGUUGAUGCUGUAUUUUGCACAUACUCAUUUGACUGUGACUGUCACCAUCGGGUUGCUUUUGAUUCCAAAGUUUUCACAUUCAAGCAAUAACCCACGAGACGAUAUUGCCACAGAAGCAUAUGAAGAUGAGCUGGACAUGGGCCGAUCUGGGUCCUACCUGAACAGCAGUAUCAAUUCAGCAUGGAGUGAGCACAGUUUGGAUCCAGAGGACAUCCGGGAUGAACUAAAGAAACUCUAUGCCCAAUUGGAAAUAUACAAAAGGAAGAAGAUGAUCACAAAUAAUCCCCACCUCCAGAAAAAGCGGUGCUCAAAGAAGGGCCUAGGCCGUUCCAUCAUGAGGCGUAUUACUGAGAUCCCUGAGACGGUCAGCAGGCAGUGUUCCAAGGAGGACAAGGAAGUUGCAGACCAUGGCACAGCCAAAAGUACUGCCCUUGCCAGGAAGAACCCGCCAGAGUCUUCAGGUAACGCUGGGAGACCCAAGGAGGAAUCCCUGAAAAACCGAGUCUUCUCUCUCAAGAAAUCCCAUAGCACGUACGACCACGUGAGAGACCAGACGGAAGAGUCCAAUAGCCUGCCCACAGAAAGCCAGGAAGAGGAGGCAACAGAAAAUUCCACAUUGGAAUCACUGUCAGGUAAAAAACUCACACAAAAGCUUAAAGAAGACAGCGAGACUGAGUCCACGGAGUCAGUGCCGUUGGUGUGCAAGUCAGCAAGCGCUCACAACCUCAGCUCGGAGAAGAAGCCCGGGCACCCACGCACAUCCAUGUUGCAGAAGUCACUCAGUGUCAUAGCAAGUGCCAAGGAGAAGACUCUUGGAUUAGCUGGGAAAACCCAAACAGCAGGUGUGGAAGAACGUGCUAAAUCCCAGAAACCUCUGCCAAAAGAUAAAGAGACAAACAGAAAUUACUCAAAUUCGGAUAACACAGAGACUAAAGAUUCUGCCCUCCAAAACUCCAGUCAUGUGGAGGAGCCCAGAAAGCCUCAGAAAUCUGGGAUUAUGAAACAGCAAAGGAUCAAUCUCCCCACUGCCAAUUCUGACCUGAGCCCGGGCACCACCCAGAUGAAGGACAACUUUGACAUUGGGGAAGUGUGCCCUUGGGAGAUUUAUGACCUGACCCCUGGUCCUGUGCCUUCUGAAUCAAAAGUUCAAAAACACGUAUCUAUUGUGGCUUCUGAAAUGGAGAAAAACUCAACUUUUUCCUUAAAGGAGAAAUCUCACCACAAGCCUAAGGCAGCUGAGGUUUGUCAGCAGUCCAAUCAAAAGGGCCUAGAUAAGGCUGAAGUGUGCCCUUGGGAGAGCCAAGGCCAGCCCCUUUUGGAAGAUGAGAAGAAUUUGAUUUCCAAAACUGCAGUUCUUCCAGGGAAAGCUAAAAACAACAACGGGGGUCAGCCUCAUGCAGCCAACAUGUGUGCUGGGCAGUAUGAAGAACUGCCCCCCAAAGCUGUAGCAUUGAAAAUAGAAAAUGAAAAUCUCAGCCAAAUAGACCAGGGAGAAAAGACAUCUUCCUCUGAGGAAAAUGUGCCUGGCUUCUGUAACUCAAGUAAUAACUUUCAACGACCUUUAACAUCACGAGCUGAGGUGUGUCCUUGGGAGUUUGAGAUUCCAGAUAAACCAAAUGCUGAAAGAAGUGUAGCUUUACCUGCCUCUUCUACUCUAAGUGCAAAUAAGAUAGCAGGGCCUCGGAAAGAAGAGGUCUGGGAUACGUUUAAAGUGUAGCAUCCCCAGGAAGAAGGGGAGAAGGGGGAAACCCAGGAUUAGAUACAAGACAGAAAAUAUAAGAAUCAAAAAUUCCCAAGGAGUAUUUAUCAGUCAAGGGAAGCAUGAUAGACAGUGAGGUAAGGUCAAAGGCAUGGGCGAAAGAGGACCAGAAAAGAAGGAGCAGCAACAUCAUAAUAGAGAACUUAGACUGUGGCCAAGAAAAGUCAUUCCCCUAGUAUCACUAGGAAAAUCUUUACUCUUCAGCAUGUUUAAGGGGAAUAGCCCACAAUGUCCGCCCCUUAUCAAUGUUUACCCCUGGUCCUAAGCAAAGCAAGCUAGAAGACACAGAAGAUAUUUUGCAAAGAAGAAAAAGGUAUAGACAUAUAUGACUGAAAUUCUAAGUAGCUGACUGAAAAGAACUUACUUUACCUAUUUAACCUUGAUAGCACUGCUAACUUACUGCAUCCAAAAAUACCUUUUAUAUUAAUGAUUGCUCUCAUUUUCUUAUAAAUGUAUGUUUCAGUACAUUGUUGUGUCUCAUAUUCAAGCAUUCCAGAUUGUAUAAUUUUUGCAAAUAACUUUGGUAUUAUGUGACACAACACAUUUAUGCAAUCUGCAGCUACUCAAUUGUUAUUGCACCUUACAGAUUACCUGCUAUCUAUCAACUUUAGUUGAUUCUUGAAGUACAGUAAGCUUUCUCUGGCUUGGGAAGCCAUAACUGUUAUGAUAAAACAUUUUAGUUUUGGCUGUGGUUUAUAUAUGGUGAAUUUGAAUUUUACUCUAUUAUUUCACAUCAUGGUUUGUUAUACUGUCUUAAUCAGGGUUUUUUAUACAAGUUAAGUUUCCUGUUUUGCACUUCUUGUUAGGACUCAGAAGCUUUAUUAAUAUUAGAGAUCAAGUGGUCCUACUUUGUCAUAUGUCUCAAUAAGUUAAGGACAACUUAUCCAUUGUUUAUUCGAAGUCAGAGAUAGAUAAUACCUUCAUUCCAAUUAAUCGUCCCUUUUACUCUUUCAGUAUUUCAUACUUAGCAGCAUUUCCUAAGGAAGAUGCUAAGAGUGAGAAAAAUACACUGUGCAUUAUUAUUACCACUGGAAAGGGAAGACUCUAGGAAUGACAUGAGAAAUAUACAGUACUACACAACCAGACAUUUGCCUUUCAAAACAAAGACAGGAAAGUAGCUCCUGAUAGCACUUUCAAGGGAUUAUUUUUUUAAAGAGAAAAAUUAUGAUAGCAUCAAAAUCAUUGUAUGGAUAUAUUUUUAUUAUGCAUACUGAAAAUAUAAUAUUUUAAAUUACCUUAAACUAUUUAUUCUCAUAAAUUCUUAUUGCUUCAGCUAGAGGUAGAACUUGCUGGGCUCAAAUCCCAAAGAGGUUUUAUGACCUUAUUUAUUCAAAGCCUAUAAGGUGAUAUGGGCUCUUCAUUCUCCCAAGCACUGGAAAACUUACAAGUCCUGCAAAUAGCCAUUGUGAACCCCUAGCUCAAAAUGUAAAGUAUAAGGUUUAUUUGCAAGGCAAAACAGUCCCCAAAGCAUAUUGUAUAAAACUUAUUGCAUACUACGCUGAUCUCUUGGCAUGAAAAUCCUCAGCUGCUGACUUAGCCCUACUGGUGUGAUCCUACAGUGAGAUUCCAAAGCUCAGCCUUAUUUUAUUUAAAGAUAAAUUACUUAAAAAUAGAACCGAGACUUCCCUUUUUCUCACUGUAAACACUGAAGUAUCAACUGCUUAUUUGGCCAGGACACUUCCAGCCUAAAUAACUGUUUUUUAUUCCAUGAGCGGCAAGGAGAACAUGCUAGGAGGAUAAAAGAUGGAAAAAGGGAAUCAGAUAGUAGAUAAAGGGCUGUUCUUAGAGAACAUUAUUCUCAGUGGAAGGUAAAAACAGAAUUCUCCACAUUCAUCAUCAAAUUUUUCCCAGUGAUUUUUAUUCAGGAGUAAGCGAGCACUUCACUGUUUUGCAAAGCUGUGUACAAAUCUUCCUCACCCAGUUGCUUGCUUUGUGCAUUACUCAGGUUGGUGGGGUAGGUUUGAAAAGAUAUAGAAAUUCUAUUUUUGUGCAUUCCUGCAUUUAUUUUUCAUCCCUUCCUUUUCAGUGAAGGCCUAUGUGCUUGGUGACCUACUUUAAAGUAUUUUUGUGAAUUUGGUUUGGAGCCUCUAGACCCACACACUUGUUUCAUUUAUGUCUGGGAUCUGUUAGCACUUGAUUCCUUUAUUGAGAAAUAUGUGGUCAAGCACCAAUGACUUUUUAUUGCACUCCAGGAUGAUCCUGCUAGAGAUGUGGCUUAAAAAGAGACUUGCCAAAUUAUACCGUAGUGACGCUCAAUAGUUCAUAGAUUAUUCUCCACCAGCAUAAGACAGUGAGAGUGCCUAGGGUCUUCCCGAGAGUUUCAUUGCCAUUACUUAGCACCAAGAGAAGUUUAAAUUUACAAUUCCGGAGGUUAUUUUUUCAGAGUGAUAACAAUAAGAAAGUGAAUAAACACUAUUAAGGUUGCAAACAUUUGCUAGGUUGUCCUUCUCAAUGCAUGUGCAGGCUGCAUCCUGUCCUUGUUUUUAUGCCAGGGUUUAUAAAUAAGUAGAUUUAUACCAAUCUUAAUAGAACUGUAUAUUUUAUGCAAGAAUUAAAUGCUUUACAACAUGAAGUAUAACUCAACCCAUUGUAAACUUUGGUGGCAAUAUGGAUUUGAAACUCGACAGUUCUCUUGUAUUUGCUUCCUAGGUUUCUGCAUGCAAGUUAUGACAGGUAGGACUGAAAAACACUGCCUUUUGACUUCUAGCAUUUAGCAACCAAGAGAUGUAGAAUCAAUAAAGAUGUAAGUCUCUUCACUUAACCUGUAGUUCUCCUAAAACUAUUAUCUGAAAUCUACAGCAUCCCACCAUGAACUAUUUGGUAAAUUUAUGUUGUGACGUGUUGCAGCAUGUAAAUAAUUAUAACUUCUCUGCAAUAAAACAUAUUUAUAUGAAAGUGA